CGCAAAAUGCGGGAAAAGAAAAUGGGAACGCGCUCCAGACGCUUGACCGAAACACUUUAGUUUUAGUCUUUUGUCAAAAUUAUAAUGGAAACUAGAUGAUAUUUUUUAUACAUCCGUGUUUGUGAAGUACUUAAGUGAUGUGAUAUUUUUAUAAUGUUUGUCUAUUUAGUUUUUGUAAUAAGUCUUCUUAAAGGGUGGCGUGCAAGAGGCAGCAAACUGUUGUGGGCCCAGUCGGCGAUGCGCUGGUUAACUUUACUGUGCGGCCCCAUCCUAGUAGCAGCGUUCCCGCGUUUCGACCCAUCGGCCCUCCUCAGGGAGGUACUGGUCCCUGCAGACGCCGGAUUGGGGACCGUCAUCUAUAGACUGAGAGCAUCGGACACCACCUUCGACUACCCCCUGGUUUUUACCCUCCUCGGAGACACAAACCACGUCGAAGUUAAAAGUCUGCAUUGCUCACGUUUCAACUCGGUGUGCCAGGCAAAUGUCAUAGUGAAAAAAAGACUGGACGCAGGCCGUUUCUACGAUUUCAUGGUGGAAGUUCGCAGUCCGAAGGGUGAAAGUGCUAAUUUAAAUUGUUCGUUUCGUGCAACAAACGCCACUACGCCCAUUGAGAAAAUUUUUCCUGGCGCCCCGACUCUGUUAAUGAUUUCCGAAGGCGCCAAAAGGAAUACGGACCUAGGGACGGUGUUAGCGAAAGGGAACCCCAAGAGAAUGAAGGCUGUGCUAUUAGAGUUAUGGGGAUCGAAGGAGUUUGGGUUUAGGCAGAAACUUAUUACUGACAGGGACGCUGAGGGGACCAUUCUGCUUUUAAGUCCUUUAGACUAUGAAACAAAAACUGUUCAUCAUUUAACAAUUUUAGCUAACGACCCUUGGACUGACAUGCAACACGAUACAAGAAACAUAGCAGGAUGGCCACUAUUGGUGGCUGUUUUGGACGAACAAGAUACACCGCCUGUGUUCACAAUUGCACCCCCAAUAACAGUCCUUAAUCCGUCCCUUGUUCCCGGAGAAGUGGUCCUUAAAGUGCAUGCUGAAGACGGCGACAGGGGAAACCCCAGGAAAAUAUUCUAUUACAUUCCAUCAACGGUGCCGUUUAAGGAGUAUUUUAAUAUUACACCAAAUACAGGUGAAGUCAUAUUGCAACAGCCGAUUUCAAAUAUAAUAACAGCCUCCAGAAAUGGGCAACCAAUCAUCCUAACAGUUGUCGCGGAAGAAGAAAGAACCCACCCAAACGAACCUCCGGCGCAACAAUCUUCGGUAAGGUUGGCCCUCAUACCGCCAGGCGUCACUGGAGGCAUACCAACCUUUGGUUCCAUAGAAUACAAUGCUCUUCUAGAUGAAAAUCCCUCCAUUGGAACCACAUUAGAUUUAGUACAGGCCGAGGUGCAUACUGAGAUUGGUGAUGUUAUAACAUUACAGUUGGAUAAAUGCAAUGGAACUUUCGAUGUUACUCCUGGGGUAGUGGAGGGUUAUUCUAAGUUUAGUGUUAAGGUUCAUGAUCCUAAAUUGUUGGAUUAUGAGAAAUGGCGAUCUGUUAGUUGUUAUAUAGUAGCAAGGGAGAUUAAUAAUGGUAAUAACACAUCAAGGGCUAAAUUAACGGUGCAUUUGAAUGAUGUUAAUGAUAAUGCACCGGAAUUUACAGAUGUAGUUUACAAAGGGUUUGUACAGGAAAAUGCCAAUAUAGGUACUACAGUACUAAGAGUGGAAGCAAGCGAUGUUGACAGAGAACCUGGUAAUAAAAUUAGAUACACCGGUUUAACUGGAAGUUUUUUAUUUGCACUGGACCCUGAAACAGGCAUUAUCAGUGUGGCCAACUCACAAGGCCUCGACGCUGAAAAUACCCCAGUUAUAACCCUGACAGUAGAAGCAGCCGACGAAGAUGGGCAAGGACUAAAAACCACGGCUACAGUAGAAAUAACCCUUGUGGAUAUAAACGACCAAGUUCCUACAUUCGAAAAAGACUUCUACGAAUUUAUUUUGAAUGAAGACCAAACUGCCUUUACGACAAACGCGUUUGUCAAAGCCAUUGACAACGAUAUAAGUCCGCCAAACAAUGAAAUACACUACGAGCUGCCUACACCGGUGGACGGUUUAGUUAUCAAUGAAAGAACCGGGGAGUUGGAGCUGACCAACCGUUGGAAAUAUAACGAACCAAUUACUGUGAAUAUCAGAGCUUGGGAUGGAGGUGUUCCAAGAUUGGCGAGCGAGGGGAAAGUUAAGAUUUACCCUACGGAAGCCAAUUCAAGGAAGAUGUUGUUUAUCGUAUCUGGUAGAAAUCCUGAUAGGAGAAAAGUUUUGGAUACGUUAAAAGCGCUAACUGGAGGUAAAGUAGAGAUACACAAUGUUAGGCCUUAUACCGGGUUUGAAGAGGGAGCUACUGAUGUUUCUAGAUAUGAUAACGAAGAUGAUGAUCCGAGUAGGAGCGUGGUGGAGGCCACAGUAACGAAUGCCGGCGUAAUCGACGUAAACAGAAUAAAGCAGAUAUUGGAUAAUGAGAGCACGAUCAAGCGCACAGACUCCACAAAUUACAAAUCCGAGACGUCUACGACGACAAUCAAACAAUCAUCUGGCGCGGACCUGCUGUGGCUGUUAAUUCUUUUAAUUGUGCUCGCAAUCAUUGCGGCUAUCAUAUUAAUUUUCUGCUGCAUAUGCAGACCUUGUCCGUUCUAUAUACCGCCCAAAAGACGAAAGAUCAGCACUGGGGAUAUACAGAAACUUGUCAAGGGAUCAGGAAAUGGUCGUGAGAGUAAAUCGGUUCAGGUGGCAGAAUGGUUUGGUAGAAAAGAAGCCUGGACUCCGGAUCAAGCCAUGGUCGAUCCGGAAGCUGAAUCCUUACGAAGACAUGAAAUAGAAAGGGGUUCCGAGAGAGGAGAACCCAAACGACUAUACAGACACAACCGUGAAGUAUCUAGAGACCAACUGUACAUAAGAGAAGGCAAUGCGGAUAUACUCCGGCUGGUUACGCGCGGCGGGGAACAGCAGGCUCAAAGACCGGUCGCCGUGGUCGCUGACCAUGCCUACCUGGCCGAUAGCGGUAAAGAGAUUCUGAUGCGCCGCUUCAUAGAUCAGCAGCAGGCGGAGGCGGCCAGGCAGCAGGUGCUGCUGCCCAACGCCGUCACGAAGCUGCAGAACGAACACGAGCUGUUGGAAGCUUCGUUUCGGCAGCAGAACGCUUUGUUAAGGCAAAUAAUUCUGGAUAGAGAGAGGGAUUUGAGGUUGGAGACGCAGUCGCUUCCAGCUGGAACACAGACUGAUAUUGACGCUGGAACACAAACGGAACCGCAUUUCUUGACGAGAAAGGUUAGGUCGGAUAACGAUGCCAGUGAUGGGAGUGACGAUGAGCUUACCAUAAUAAAAUCGAGAAUCAAAGCAAAAAAUUAUCGUAAAUCGCACAUCAGACGCAAAAUUAAAACGCCAAUUCUUGAAGAAUCAGAAUUGGAAAUAAUAGAAAAACCGCAAAAAGUAAAGACACUAAAAUCUAGCAGACCUAAAAUUAAACAGACUAAAACCAGUGAAAUGCGACAAAAACGUUCGUCUAGUACAACCUCGAAACGCCUUACAAAGUCAGCUUUACGAAAAGAAGUCUUAAAAGAAAUAUCUAAAACGCUUAAACGUAGUGACGAUAGCAUAAGCGAUUCCGAUGAUUCCGAGUCGGAAACAGGCAAAUUGUCAGCUGACAGCGUGGAAGAAAUAAGUCCCCGAUCAGAUAAAACUAUAGAUUUAGAAAAAAAAUCAAAAUACGCUAAAUUACUAGCAACCAAAACCAUAACUAAAAACAGAUCAAUAUCAGUCGAUAGACACUUAGGUAAACGCUCUCUAAAAAAUAAAAGAAAGAAACAAUUAUUCGAUACUGCAACAAAAAGAUCUGAAUCAGCCGAUAGAAAUAAAACAGAAUACAUGGAAAAAAACCGGCACCAAAACCGUCCAGAAUCACUAGAUAGAUACAGACAAAGACGAAGCACUUCCAGGCAAAGCUAUCAAUAUUAUCCAGACGAUAGAGAUUCGGAUUACCACGAUCGAUACUAUCGAUCACCUACAAGAAGUUACCACCACUCACCAAGAAGCGAUAGACACAGAAUGGAUUACGAAGAUUUAAGGAGGUUGGAUUUUAAAAAUGAUCGACACAGAAUCAAUGUUAAAGAUCCAAGAAGAGUGGAUUUAAAAGAUCGAUACUAUUAUUACAAAGAUGAUUUUCUUGAUCCCGCAAAAUAUCAUCGAUCCUUAUCUAGAGAUUGUAGAAGAGAUAGAUCGCAUUCUAGAGAUAUGGAUCAAUAUCAUGAGGAUAAAAAACAGUUUAGAUCCGAAUCAUUAGAUAGAGAAUAUCAUCUAUCAACUUUAAGUCAUAGAGAAGAAUCUAAUAUGAAAAAUCAACAAAAAUUUCUCUCAGAAACAGAUCUAAGAUUACCACAAUCAAUCAUCGGAAGAGAAUCGCGUAAAACAGAUAGCACCGAAACAUCUGCAAAUACAAAAACAAAACCCAAAACAAACACUAAAAGAACAUCCCGAUACAUGGAAUGGUACAACAACAAAAACAAAUCUAAAAACUCCACAAAACCGAACAAAAUAUACGACAUGAACGAUAUGGAUCCCGUAAAAGAGAACAAUCAAGUUAAGGAAACAAUCAAACUAUCUGGCUCGAGACUUUUAGAAGAUACGGAAUCAAGUGCGCGUAAAAAAGUCGAUUCUAAAAAAUCUACAGGCGGCCCUGAUCAUCCCCUGUUGCAGCACUCCGAGUAUAGAUACGAAGCGCCUUAUUUGCCAGGAAAAAAAGUGGAAGAGGACGUUGAUUCGGGAAUAGCUCUAACUAAACCAUCCAUGGCACAGAAAAAAAGUGUUUUUACAAUAGCCUACAAUGAAAUUCAUACUAGUCAAAUUAAAGAUGUUACCACACCGCCACCUUUACCUUUAUAAGUAAUAUUUAUCCUAUUUUAAGACCUACAUGGCGAAUAUAUUUGUAAAAAAAGAAUUUUUGUAAAUUUAUUCAAUUCAUAUUUUAAAUUAAAGCUAUCAUUUUAGAUUGAGGUUAUAAAUAUACUAUAAUAGGCAUUUAUGUUAAAUUUAUAAAAAUAAAAGUGGAAUGUUUUUUAUGUAAUGCCUAUUAUUUAAUUUGAAUAACCCCCAAUAUUGCCC